AUGAAUUCAGCAACUCCAGGUGUGCCUCAGGUGCCGCUGCUCGACGAUGACACCAUUGCCUUUGGGGAAGAGGAUAAUGCAAAUAAGCAAUUUGUUCACCCCUACAUAGUUUUCUUCCACCUCGUGUUCCGGAGUGCGGCGGUGGUCGUGUACAUCCUCUGCGGCUGGUUCUCAGACUCAUUCAUUGCCAGCUUCGUCCUAGUUAUAUUACUUCUCUCUGCCGAUUUUUGGACCGUCAAGAACAUCAGUGGUAGACUACUGGUGGGUCUGAGAUGGUGGAACUAUGUGGACGAUGAUGGCAAGUCACAUUGGGUGUUUGAAUCAAGACAGAGUCGUAUAAACCGUAAUGAGAGCCGCCUGUUCUGGAUGGGGCUCAUCCUGUGUCCUCUCAUCUGGGCGGGGUUCUUCAUCAUCUGUCUGUUUGGACUUAAGUUUAAGUGGAUGCUCCUCGUGCUAAUAGCUCUCACUCUGACGGGCGCCAACUUGUACGGUUAUAUUAAAUGUAAGUUCGGCGCCAAGGAGAACCUACAGUCGGCGACCACGGACUUCGUGAAGAAGCAGCUGUUCCAGAACGCCUCGGCCUUCAUGUUCCCACAGCCGGCGCCGCCCACCACCGGGAACACGGGCGUCGUGUAG